UCCUCAUUGCUACUUCUUCUACUGAUUUUGUUCUUAUUUGGGUUCGCUUAAUUUCAUCUAAUUGUUAUCUCCCUCGUUGAAAUCCUUGAAUUCGUCCAGUUCGCCCCUGUUUUCAUUUGGGGUUUUGAUGUCUUUAAGUUAUUUUCUGAGAUGAACUGCUAUUCGCCCUUGUUUUGAUUUGGGGUUUUGAUAUCUUUAAGUUAUUUUCUGAGAUGAACUGCUACUCGCCCCUGUUUUCAUUUGGGGUUUUGAUAUCUUUAAUUUACUUUCUGAGAUGAACUGCUACUCGCCCCUGUUUCGAUUUGGGGUUUUGAUAUCUUUAAUUUACUUUCUGAGAUGAACUGCUAUUCGCCCAUGUUUUCAUUUGGGGUUUUGAUAUCAUUAAGUAAUUUUCUGAGAUGAACUGCUAAUCCCUCAAUUGUUCUUGCUUUUUUUUCUUGAUUUUGCUGUUGGAUCUGUUAACUACAAUGUAAUCUGGAUCUGGGUAUUGCUAAUUCGUGUUAAUUUAGCUGAAUUUCUCUGUACUUGCUUCGAUUUUUUCACCAAAACUGCAAAUUAUUUCUGGGUUGUUAAGAUCUAGCAGAUUAGGAGGAGGGGUUUUGUAAAAAUGGGUUAUGAUCAUUUGGAUCAAUCUUCAGAACUGAAACUCUAUCAGUUUUUUGUGUUCUCUGUUCCAAUUCUUUUCACUUUCAUUCUUCUAUUCCUUUUCUAUCUUCUUUAUCUUCGUCGACGAAGGGCGGAUUGGAAUUCUAUUCGAAUGCGAACAUCUGAUGCAGUGAACAACAAUAACAUAUCUGCUUGUGAUGUUGGGUUGAAGAAGGAAUUCAGGGAGAUGCUUCCUAUUAUUGUGUUCAAUGAAACAUUCUUUGUUACUGAUACCCUAUGUUCAGUCUGUUUAGGGGAAUACCAAACAAAAGAUAAGCUUCAGAAGAUACCAUCAUGUGGGCAUGUAUUUCACCUUGACUGCAUUGAUCAUUGGCUAUCCAACCACAGCACCUGCCCACUCUGCCGUCUCUCCGUCCUUUCUCCGUCGUCCCGACCACCGCAUAUACAGAUUGAGAUGGGACUCGAAUCGACAAAUGAACAACGUCGCGAAGAAGCACCUCCUCAACAUAAUAAUCAAGCUUGUCAUCAUACAACACCUCCUGUGUGAAGUCAAAAUUCGGGUUUUCGAGGAGAGAGAAUCAUUCAAAAAGGGAUGCAACUUUGGAUAAUAAUUCAUCGAGAGAAGACGAUCCGAGGGAUCGGGAACUAUCAACGCCACCGACCCGCAUUUUAGCAUGUAACAUUCCAAGACGGGUCUAUGAGGACCAUGGCCUUUCAAAGUACAUUGUUCUAUCUCCCAACAGAUCAGGAAGCACUUCCUAUGUCGGCCAACAUCAUUUACCGUCUAGACUCACCGCUAACAGAUAUUGUCUUCUUUGAGUUUUUUCUUUCGGGCUUUUUCUCAAGGUUUUUAAAACGUACGUCUAUGCUAGAGAGAGGUUUUCACACCCUUAUAAAGAAUGCUUCAUUCUCUUCCCCAACUGAUGUGAGAAUCUCUCAGUUACGGUACCAAAAUUUUGUUCAUGAGCAUAAUCUAUGAGAAACAAGAAGCUAUCUUUACUUGUUAUCUUUUGAGGCAUUUUUGGUAAUUGGAUUCAAGCUAACUUGCAUUUGCGACUAAUGUAGCCUGUGGACUUUCUCGUCUCACAACAAAAAGGUGAAAGAUUUUCUUUGUUGCAUGAAUGAAUCGAGACCGCAUUCGAAUGA